CCAAAUUUUACUUUUUCCACACCUUUUGUGUCUCCCUCGCAACGCCUUUUCUCUCUACAAACCGUCCACCCUCUGUUCUCUCUCUUCUCUCUCUCAUGGCCUCUCACCGGGAAAUUAUUGGUUCCAUCGGAAAGCGCCAAUUUGGCCAGCCCCUUCAAGAGGGAAAGUAGCAAGACUGGCAAUUUGACAUUCCAACUCCAUUGUUGCAAUUUAAUUUUUGUUUUGUUUGUGGUACGACGGCAAAAUCAAUGGCGCUGUCUUCCAGAGAUGGGUUUGCUGGUUUUUGGUUUGGUUUGGCGAUGGUGGUGGUGUUACUGAGCCACCGAGUCCGGCCGGAGCUGGCCCAGGACAAGAAAGCUCUUCUUGCUUUCAUCUCGCAGACUCCUCACGAGAAUCGCCUCCAAUGGAACGCCUCCGGUUCGGCCUGCAACUGGGUCGGCGUCCAGUGCGACGCAAACCUCUCCUUUGUCUACUCCCUCCGGCUUCCCGGCGUCGGAUUCAUCGGUCCCAUUCCGGCCAACACAAUUGGCCGACUGACGCAGCUCCAAAUCCUCAGCCUCCGUUCCAACCGUCUUUCCGGCGAAAUUCCCUCCGACUUCUCCAAUCUCAAGCUCCUCCGAAAACUCUACCUCCAGAACAACCAGUUUUCCGGCGAUUUCCCGACGAGUGUCACCGAGUUAACUAGUCUGAUACGGUUAGAUAUCUCCAGCAACAACUUCACUGGCACAAUUCCGGUCGCCGUCGACAAUCUGACCCACUUGACCGGACUUUUCUUGGAGAACAAUGGCUUUACCGGGGAACUCCCAAGCCUGGGCCAAUCAAACUUGAAGAAUUUCAAUGUCUCAAACAACCGCCUCAACGGUUCUAUCCCUGCGAGCCUAUCCAAAUUCCCAGCCAGCGCCUUCGCCGGAAACCUCAACCUUUGUGGCGGACCCUUGCCGGCUUGCAGCCCCCAAAACCCACAGGGAAAAAAGUCGGGAAACCUCUCAACAGCCGCUAUCAUAGCCAUCUCGGUGGGAUCGGCGGUGGCUCUCCUUCUGGUCCUCCUAAUUUUUAUCCUUUGCUUACGGAGUCGACGGCAACGGAAGCCGGCGAAGGCCCCGAAGCCACAUGAUGUGGGGAGCUCAGCCGUGACGGUAUUGGACGCAACGUCGUCGUCAAAGGACGAUUUGAUGGGCGGAUCAGCAGAAGGGGAAAGGAACAAAUUAGUGUUCUUCGAGGGCGGGGUUUACAGCUUCGACUUGGAGGACCUGCUGAGGGCGUCGGCGGAGGUGCUCGGGAAAGGGAUCGUCGGGACAUCGUACAAGGCGGUGCUGGAGGACGGGACGACGGUGGUGGUGAAGCGCCUGAAAGACGUCGCCGUGACGAAGAAGGAGUUCGAAAUGCAUAUGGAGGUACUGGGCAAGAUCAAGCACGACAAUGUGGUGCCUCUCAGAGCCUAUUACUUCUCCCGUGAUGAGAAGCUGCUUGUUCUCGAUUUCAUGGCGGCCGGCAGUUUAUCUGCUCUUCUUCACGGGAGCAGGGGCUCGGGACGCACGCCGCUGGACUGGGCCAACCGGAUGAGAAUCGCUCUGAGCACGGCGAGGGGGCUGGCGCACCUCCACGUGUCGGGAAAAGUGGUCCACGGCAACAUCAAGGCCUCCAACAUUCUCCUCCGGCGGGGCCAGGACGCCGGCGUGGCGGACUUCGGCCUCUACCCGCUCUUCGCCUCCACCCCUCCCCCCAACCGGGCGGCCGGCUACCGUGCGCCGGAGGUGGUUGAGACGCGCAAGGUCACGUUCAAGUCGGAUGUGUACAGCUUCGGAGUGUUGCUGCUGGAGCUGUUGACCGGGAAGUCACCGAGUCAGGCGUCGCUGGGCGACGAAGGAAUUGACCUGCCGCGGUGGGUCCAGUCGGUGGUCCGGGAGGAGUGGACGGCGGAGGUUUUCGACGCGGAGUUGAUGAGGUACGAUGGGGUGGAGGAGGAGAUGGUGCAGCUGUUGCAGAUCGCGAUGGCUUGCGUGUCGACGGUGCCGGAUCAGAGGCCGUCGAUGCCGGAGGUUCUGCGGAUGAUGGAGGAGAUGAACAGAGGGGAGGGUGAUGAUGGAUUAAGACAGUGGUCGGAUGAGCCGUGGAAGGGAUCCGAGGGACAGACGCCGCCGAAGGAGUCGCGGACACCACCUCCGGCGGAAACACCUUAAGUUUCGGUAAAUCAGAAUAAUUAGACAAAAAGUGGAAAACAAAUUGAAGUGUGACAGGGUGUGGUGUUGUUUCUGUUUUUUUUUUUUUUUUUUAUUUUCCAAUUUCCUCUCAUUCCUUUUUCUUAUUAAUUUUAAUUUUAAAAUUGUGCAGUGCAGUGAUUUUUGUAGGGGGCUGUUUGGGAUGGAUGGAAUUGUUUGGGCAGAGAGAGAGAGAGAGAGAGAGUAGUAGAGUUGUGCAUUCCUAA